GGGUGUGUGAGAGAGACAGAGAGAGAGUGCGCCAUCUUUUGGGGCUUAUAAAUAGCAAAGCCGUUUGAUUUUCCAAGCAUACUUCGAACUUCACGUGGCGUUCUCUGUUCUAUACCUCUGUUUUCUGAUUUCUGAUACUAUCCAUCUAAAAUCUUAUCCAUUUCUGUCGGUGCAUCGUUAGAAGAGAUUUCUACUAAUCCAAGGUAGUUAUAGUUCGCUGGGUUUUUUACCUAAGACAUCAAAGCAAUUACUCCAUUAUUGAUCAUCAAAUGGAGAAAGCAAAGCAAGUGGGUGGUUCUUCUUCUUCGUCCUUUACUUCCGAUCUGUUUGGUCCCAAGGACUCCUCCUCUUCUUCUCCAUCAUCUUCUUACGGUCUGUUUGGCUCUGUUUUUGGACCACCAUCAACGGGGUUAGGGAAGGAUUCUUCUUACUCUGGGUUCAUGGGAUCAGUCAGAAAGCAGGAUUACGAAAGUCAAAACAGCAAUGGUAAAAAUGGAAAUCCAGGUUUGACAAACAGCAAAGACAAGAGAUAUCAGAGUGAAACAGUUGAACCUUGCAAUUUCAGCUCCUCAAUAUACUAUGGAGGCCAAGAGGUUUAUUCCCCAACUAGCCAGCCAACUGUUUCUCAGCAUGUUUUCAAGAAAGAUGGGGGAGAUGAUGAUCCAAAUGCAAGUAACUCAAACUCUGCUUCAAGAGGAAAUUGGUGGCAGGGGUCACUCUAUUACUAAGUGUUCCCUUCAUGUCAUGCCUAUUCUCAAUCCACAGAGAAAGGCAAUCGAACACCACUUUAUCUUUACAUAUGGAAAUGAGAUGCUGGAGCUUGUACCACAGCUACAACUUGCUAACUGUUGGGGCUUCUUUCUUCUUUUUAGUUUCUUUCCUUUAUGUUUUGGUGGACAAUAUGGGCACUCUCUUGUAUAUGAUCAACUUUGUCGGAGAGGAAUCUAGUGCCAUUGUUUUGUAGUAAGUAUAACGUACUAGCUAACUUUUGCUUGUGUGUAAUGGAUUGCAUCAGUGGUUUUUUAGGAUUGACUUA